AUGACAAAAGAAUCCAAGACAGGCUCGGUGGUUCUACCAAACAUCCACGCAGUGGAUCAAGACGAAGACGAAGAAGAAUAUCCAAGGAUAUCUGAAAUUUGCUUCUCCGUUGAUAAUAGUGAACUAAUGCUUGCUUUGGAGAACUUAGGUGAGAAGACAAGGAUUCUAAUAGAUGGAGGAAGCUUUGUAAAUAUCGUACAACUUAAUGUGCUCAAGAAAAUGAGUAUUCCAGAAUCCGGGAUUAUACCAAGAUCCUCAAUUCAGGAUCAUGGAUCCUUCCGAUUAUUAAGUUCAUUCAAAAUGGAGAAAUCCCCACAGGAGAGAAUUCUAGAGCCUUUAGGGCCAAGUUGGUGGAUCAAGGGGAUUACAUCUACACUUGUUCACCCACAAGCUAAUGGCCAGGCAGAGUCAAGUAACAAGAUUAUCAUCAAUAACUUGAAGAAAAAACUAGGAUCCCAAAAAGGGAAGUGGGCUGAAGAGCUGUCGUAUGUCCUUUGGGCUGAUAGAACAACUCCAAAGAAUGCCACAGGCCAAACUCCAUUCUCUUUAGUCUUUGGAACUGAGGCAAUGAUCCUUACAGAGAUGGUGGUUCCUAUAGCUAGAACAAGCAUCCGUGAUCCUCAGGCGAAUAGUGAAAAUCUGUUGCAAGACCUAGAUACUGUGGAUGAGCUCAGAGACCUAGCAAAAAUAAGAAUGGCCAGCUAUCAGCAAAGGAUGGUUGGGGCAUACAAUAAGAACGUUCGAAUCAGAAGAUUUCAGGUUGGAAACUUGGUGUUAAGGAAAACGUUUCAGAAUACUACAAACCCGAUUGAUGGCAAGUUAGCACCAAAGUUGGAAGGCCGCUAUCUGAUAGAAGCAGGGGCUGGAAAAGAGGCAUAUCGCCUUUUAACCAUGGAUGGUGAUCUACUACCAAGAGCCUGGAAUGCUAUACAUCUCAAGAAGUAUUUCAUGUAA